CGGUAGAGAGACAGAGGAGAAACAAAGUGAGAGAGAGAGAUAGAGAGGGCGGCAGACGGAGCAGAGUGGGAAUCAAACCAACGACCUUCAUUUACCUCCAGACAGAAAACAAUCUGCAUCGUCAACCGGAGAGAAACAGAUCGAACAGGUCGAGAGUCAUUGAUCAAUACAACAGUGUCGUCUGCAUAGAGGAGAAUAUUGGUCUCAGUCAGUGAGACGGGUGUUGGCACGUGAGACAGCGAGACCUCAGCAGGUGUGUGUAUCCAUGGCGUCAGGUGUGUGUGUGUUGCUGGUCGUUAAGUUCACUUUGUGUGUGGCAUUUAACGUGGACACGUCGUUCCCGCUGCUGAAGACGGGCGGAGACAAGAGUCUGUUCGGUUUGUCUGUUGCUCUGCACCAAGACCUGCAGACAGACGCCUACCUGCUAUUGGUUGGAGCUCCCAGGGAGAAGGCGGAGCCAGAUGUUCCAGCCAAUCGAACAGGAGGAGUAUACAGCUGUCCAAUCUCCACAGACCAAUCAGACUGCAGAAGGAUGAAGCUCAUCCAUCCUGACGUGAACCUGUCAGAGGACCUGAUUGAAGACAUGUGGCUGGGUGUCACAGUAGCCAGUCAGGGCCGACCUGGUGGGAGGGUCCUGGCGUGUGGUCAUCGGUUUGUUAAGCUCUAUGGACCAUUAAAGAUCAGACAGAUGAUUGGUCAAUGUUAUCUCCGUGGAAACGACCUGCAGUAUGAUGAGGCAGACAUGAACUGGCAGAACCCAGACCAGCCCUGCAGUCACCUGGGUGAUGUCAGAGCUGAGGUCAUGUGUAACAUGGGGAUUUCAGCCUCCAUCACUCAGACUGACGUCAUUGUUGGAUCACCUGGAAGCUACGAAUGGCAAGGAAACGUCCAUGUCUCGUGGAUGAAUCCCGACGACAUCUUUCACACCCAAAGGAGCUCCUUUCCCAACAUGAAGCGCAGGAGCAUUUAUAUAGGAUAUUCAGUCAUUCAGGCUCGUCGUCUUCUCUCUGAGGAUGAUGUAACCAUAGUAACAGGAGCUCCCAAGGACAGUAGAGAAGAUGCUCGAGGUUCCGUGCUGCUGGCGGUGAAACAGAAGGAUCAGCUGAUCGUUCAGCAGACGCUCCGCGGAGAGCAGACGGGCUCGUACUUUGGGAACGUUGUGACGACCACAGACCUCAACAACGACGGGUGGAACGACCUGCUGGUGGGCGCUCCUUUUUACUUCCAUCGGCAGCAAGAGGCGGGUGGGGCAGUUUAUGUUUACAUGAACUCAGGAGGAAGGUUUGAUUCUGGACCCAGUGUGGUGCUGAGAGGACCGGCCCGAUCUGCGUUUGGUAUGAGUGUUUCUGCUGCGGGCGACUUGAACCAAGAUGGCUUCCAGGACUUUGCCGUCGGAGCUCCGUUCCACGAAACAGGAAGUGUGAUGAUCUGGACCGGCAGCAGUGAGGGCGUCUCGACAGAACCGAGCCAGGUGAUCCGGGGCAGCAGCGUCUCUCCUCGGUUCAGGACUUUCGGGUUCUCUCUGUCUGCAGGUCUGGAUGUUGAUGGGAACCAGUAUCCGGACCUGCUGGUCGGUUCUCUUGAUGACACGGUGGCUCUGCUCAGAACUCGUCCAGUCGUCCACCUCAAUAAAACGCUCAGAGUUUCUCCAGAUGUUGUUGACUCCAACAGCUGCGACUUCUGUAUCCAGGUGGAGGUGUGUUUCUCCUACAUCUUUAGCACUGGCGAGAAGAAGGACAGAGACAACAUCACCGUCCACUUCACUGUGGCUGCCGACAUCACCAGCCUCAAGUCCCGCCUCCGUUUCCAUGACAACAGGCAGAGCGUGUACUCCGGUUACCUGUCGAUGCCGACGAGACGAUGCAAAUCCCUCAGAGUGGGACUGCUGACUCCGCUCCGAGAAAAAGUGGAACCUCUGGUUUUCUCCCUGAACGUUUCUCUGUACCAGAACCUUCCCAAGAAAAGAAAUGUCAUACAGGACUUGAAACGUCUUCCGGUGCUGAGCCACACACCACGACCCAUCAGAACCCAGAUCCACAUCCAGAAGGCCUGUGGUUCUGAUAACUGUUGCCACAGUAACCUGCAGAUGACGGCCCAGUUCACAGAUGAAAACCAGAACCCAUUCAGCAGGCAGAAGGGCAGUCAAGUGUUACACUACAACUCCAGUAUUAACAGAUUGUUUUUGGAGGUUAAUGUCAGCAACACACCGUCACUGGGCCGACCAGCAGAGGAUGCUCACAACGCCAUUUUGAACAUUAGCAUCCCGCCAUCACUCAUAUACUCUGGAGUUCGAACAAAGGGCAACGCCUCCGCAGCAGAGUGUUCUGUCGACCACACGGCUCUUCUGUGUGAACUGGGGAACCCGUUCAAAAGCAACCAGAAGGUUCAGCUGUUGAUCAUAUUUCAGCCGUCUGACAUCAGUUUGGACACGAGACAGAUUCUGUCUCUUCUGCAGCUGUCCACUCUCAGUGAACAGUCACAUCUGUCUCCGGUCUCUGUCUCCAUGAUGGUGGAGUAUUCGCUGCAGACGUCCCUCACACUAACCAGUUCUCCAGGCCCCGCCUCCUUCAGUGGCCAUGUGACCGGUGAGUCGGCCAUGAGGAAGACGGAGGACGUCGGCAGUCUGCUGCUCUUCACCUUCCAGGUCCACAUCGACGGGAAGCCACUGGGUCACCUAGGAAACCUGGAGGUGGAGUUUAAGUGGCCAAGGGUGGUGUCCAAUGGGAAGUGGCUGCUGUACCUCACAGAUAUCCAAAUACACGGCGCAUCAGAGCCUCGCUGUAAUCCGCCCGGCAACAUCAUCAACACUCUCCGCCUCGUGUUGUCGAAGGAGGAGACGAAAAGAGGGAGGAGGAGUCUGGACGAGGAGGAGGCGGACGCGGAAGAGGAGUUAGAGGAGCAGAGUGAAAACACUGUCCUCCACCUGCAGGGGCAGAAGAAGAAGUCGUACACUCUGGACUGUGUUCACGGAGCUGAGUGUGUGACCUUCGUCUGUCCUUUGAUCAACAUGAGCGACUCAGCGACUCUCACCAUCAAAGCCCGACUGUGGAACUCUACCCUGCUGGAGGACUACAGUGAUGCGAAGAGUGUGUUGGUUCGAGGCAGAGCGACUUUGAAGCUGCAGACCAACAAACCGACCAUCAACAUGGAGACUCAUAGCACUGAGAUUGAGGUUCACAUUUAUCCAGACUCGGGGCAGCAGGUGGUCUCCAGCGCCCCCUUGUGGAUAAUUGUGGUUUCUGUCAUGGCAGGAGUUUUACUUCUGGGUCUGAUCUCCCUGCUGCUCUGGAAGUGCGGAUUCUUUGUGCGUCGGGCGGCGGCGCUCCACCAGGGGAGGAUUCUGGGUAAACACAAGCUGCAGCCAUACACAGACUCUGACGGUUUUCUGAUCCAGGACCGCCCCCCCUCGUCCAGGAACAGGAAGUCCCCUAAACACUGGCUGACUUCCUGGACUGAGAGCCACUGACACACUCAUCAUCUCCAUGGAAACAUGUCCUGAACCGGACCAACUCACUGCCAGUGUGUGUGUGUGUGUGUGUGUGUGUGUGUGUGUGUGUGUGUGUGUGUGUUGAUGUAACCUGGUGACACAGUGACUGUUCUCUGUUCAGAGCAGUUUAAUAUAUCAAACUUUAUAUUUGAACUUCCUGUUCUGUCCAUAGUUCUGAUCCAGAAAUACCAAAUGAGCUUCACUUACAACCCUCCUGUUUGAUAUUUGAUGUUGACCAAAGACUUCAAGUGAAAAAGGAAACAAUUGAAAAGACAUUAAUUUAAAAUAUUUGGAUCAUGAUCAGAGGGAACAGACCAGUUGUCAUGGUGAUGUUUUCCAUGUUACCUCGUGGUUUGUGUUCAUGUUUGAUAUAAUUGUGAUAUUUCUGACAGUUUAUAGUUUGUAAUCUGUGGUUCAGUGUUGCUAUUAAAAUAUCUUUUGAUUCAGGGUUA